AUGAACCUGUCAUCUGCCAAUGUGACGGUGGCACCUUAUCCAAAACUCUUUGGCCAAACUGUGAUCAAGCAUGUGAUUGUUGUGACUCUGGGGAUCUUCAACUUCUACUCAAUUUUCUUCCUUUGCACAUAUUUUGAUUCCACCCUGCAGGUAUUCUACAUGAAUCCUCGGUACAUUCUUUUCAUUCACCUGGUGAUCAACGACAUGAUCCAACUGACGAUGUCAGCCACCCUGUUCUUCCUCACCUAUGCAAUGUACAGUGUUAAUGUCUCCAUCUGUUGUGUCUUAACGCUGAUUGCAGUUUUCACCACUGAAAACACUCGUUUGAACCUGGCUUGCAUGGUGAUGGAGUGCUACAUUGCUGUCUGUGUUCCCCUUCAUCACACUCAGAUCUGUACAGUCAGGAGAACACGGAUUCUGAUUGGAUUAAUCUGGAUAAUAAGCAUUUCUUCUGUUCUUCCUGAUCUCUUUGUCACCUUGGCAACUGAGCCCGUAACAUUCUUUAACACCAAAGUGUUCUGUCUCAGGGAGACUGCCUUCCCAAAUCCACACUUGAUUAGGAAGAGAGACGUUAUGAAUCCUCUGUAUCUAAUAAUUGUUUGUUUGGUUAUUGUUUACACUUACUUCAAGAUCGUUUUCGCUGCAAAGUCAAACAACAAAAAUGCCAGAAAAGCCAGGAACACGAUCCUCCUCCAUGGCGUUCAGCUCAUGUUAUCUAUGGGUUCAUAUAUUAUGCCCAUGCUGAGUCACGCUAUCAGACUAUGGUUUCCCAAACAUUUUUCAGACUCCAUUUAUGCUGGUUACAUUAUUGUGCAUAUUUUGCCACGAUCUAUUAGUCCGUUCAUAUAUGGCAUACGAGACAAUACUUUCAGGAGGCACCUCAGAAAUAAUUUAUUAUGUAAACAGUGCAUGUAG